GGCGCGCUGUCCCUUUAAACGGCCCGCGGCGCCUCCCCGCGCCCCGCCCGCCGCGGUGCGGCCGGUGCUGGGCGAGGCCGGAGAAAGUCCAUGUGAGCCGGAGCGCGGGGACGAGACUUCCUGCCGCCGCAGGCCGGACCGGGCCGGGCGCCCGCAGAUGUGCCCUCCUCGGGCGCUCCCGCGCUGAGUGUGAGGCGAGCCCUCCAGCGCCUGCCCACCAUGUCGCAGAUGCUGCACAUCGAGAUCCCCAACUUCGGGAACACCGUGCUCGGCUGCCUCAACGAGCAGCGCCUGCUGGGCCUCUACUGUGAUGUGUCCAUUGUGGUCAAAGGCCAGGCUUUCAAGGCCCACCGGGCCGUCCUGGCCGCCAGCAGCCUCUACUUCCGGGACCUGUUCAGCGGCAACAGCAAGAGCGCCUUCGAGCUGCCGGGCACCGUGCCGCCCGCCUGCUUCCAGCAGAUCCUGUCCUUCUGCUACACGGGCAGGCUGACCAUGGCGGCCAGCGAGCAGCUCGUGGUCAUGUACACGGCCGGGUUCCUGCAGAUCCAGCACAUCGUGGAGCGCGGCACGGACCUCAUGUUCAAGGUGAGCUCGCCCCACUGUGACUCGCAGACCGCCAUGAUCGAGGACGCCAGCUCGGAGCCCCAGAGCCCCUGCACCCAGCUGCAGCCGGCCGCCCCCGCAGCCCCCCCCUACGUCGUGUCCCCCUCCGUGCCCAUCCCGCUGCUGACCCGCGUGAAGCACGAAGCCACGGAGCUGCCGCCGGCCGCCGGCCCGGGCCUGGCCCCCAAGCGCCCGCUGGAGACGGGGCCCCGGGAUGGCACGACGGUGGCGGCGGGUGCCACGGCGGCGGGCGCAGCCCCGCUCAAGCUGCCCCGGGUGUCCUACUACGGGGUGCCCAGCCUGGCCACCCUCAUCCCCAGCAUCCAGCAGGUGCCCUACUCCCAGGGAGAGCGGACCAGCCCGGGGGCCAGCAGCCUGCCCACCACCGACAGCCCUACCUCUUACCACAACGAGGAGGACGAGGAGGAUGACGAGGCCUAUGACACGAUGGCAGAGGAGCAGUUUGGCCAGAUGUACAUCAAGGCCACCGGCAGCUACGCAGUGCAAGAGAAGCCAGAGCCCGUUGCCCUGGAGAGCCGCUCCUGCGUCCUCAUGCGCCGUGACCUCGUGGCCCUACCCGCCAGCCUCAUCAGCCAGAUUGGGUACCGCUGCCACCCCAAGCUGUACUCGGAAUGGGACCCCGGCGAGAAGCUGGAGCUGGUGGCAGGUGAAGGGCUCGGGGUCUACAUCACGCGCGGUCAGCUCAUGAACUGCCACCUGUGUGCGGGCGUGAAGCACAAGGUCCUGCUGCGGCGCCUGCUGGCUACCUUCUUCGACAGGAACACCCUGGCCAACAGCUGCGGCACAGGCAUCCGCUCCUCCACGAGCGACCCCAGCCGCAAGCCUCUGGACAGCCGGGUUCUGAACGCUGUGAAAUUGUACUGUCAGAGCUUCGCCCCCAGCUUCAAGGAGAGCGAGAUGAAUGUCAUCGCUGCGGACAUGUGCACCAAUGCCCGCCGCGUCCGCAAGCGCUGGCUGCCCAAGAUCAAGUCAAUGCUGCCCGAGGGGGUGGAGAUGUACCGCACGGUCAUGGGCUCCUCGGCGGCCGGCGUGCCCCUCGACCACUUCUCGCCCGCCGCAGCGCAGGUGUUCGAGCAGCGCAUCUACGCCGAGCGGCGGGGGGACGCGGCCACCAUCGUGGCUCAGACUGACGCCGUGAACGUCGACCUGAGCGCCGCCGCCCACCGCUUCGACGCGGCCGAGGAGGCGGACGGGGCUGGCUCGGUCAUCCAGGUGGCCGCGCCUGAGCCGCCGCCCGCCGCGGCCCCGAGCCCCCCGCAGCCCUUCGAGCAGGCGGGCGCGAGCUCCAGCCGGCCGCAGACGCCCGCGGCGCCCCGGAGACCGGAGGCGUCCUACCCGGGGACCUUGUAGAGGGGCCGCCGGGAGGCUCGAGGCCGGUACUAAAGCUGCUUGCAUGCGUUACUAAUACAAACAGAUGUGAUCAAGCCACUUACUACGGAACUGCUACUGUUGCCUGAAAAAAAUGUGAUUUUAUCCUGCUUGUAUUUAAAGUUUAUGAAGGAAACAAAUGCAUUCGUUAUACUGUAAAGGGUUAGUCCACUGGUGACCUAGUUGCGAGGGGUCCCAGGGCUCCUUUGAUACCUGCGAGGUUCGUCUCCAGGCCGUGGGCUCUGACCCCGCUCUGGGAGGGGCGAGAGCCUGCGGUCCCCAGUGCCUGGGAGCCAGAUCGGGGGUCCUGUGGCCUGGGGCCCAUCUCCCGACCCUCGCUGCUCACUCGGGGGACCCCACCCACCCUUUGGGGCCAGGGGCCAGGGCUGGGCCCUCAGGGGCCAAACUCCUCCUUUUCCCUUAUUCCUGAGACUCGCGGGUCAGGCCUGCUGGGCCGGCUGUGUGCAUGGGGCGCGCAAGCGCAUGUGUGAGUGCGUGUGUUUGAGCGUGUGCGGGGCAGCGGUGUGAGCACAGCAGGGGGAGGGAGAGCUCCGUGCAUCUUCAUCCUCCCGCCCUGCGCCCGGGGGCCCUCCUGGCCCCCUCAGCUCCACAGCCUCUGGUGCCCUGGGCCCCAUGGGCGCGGCCGCUGCCCCGAGUGCCCACCGGCUCUGCCCGGCUGCCCGCCGUCCUGUGGUGCAGCCCCGCCGCCCUCGGCCAUGUUGGGAUUACAUUUGUUUGUUUGUUUUUGUCUAAUUCAGAUCUAGUUCAUGUAUGGUUUGAAAACUUUCAGACCCAUAAGAGCAAAAAAUUAGGGAGGAUUUGGUGUCCCUGCCCUCAACCCUCUAUGCCUGGGUCUGGGUCACCUGUGGACCGCACUCCGCCCUGCCCUGGCCCGGGUCCCAGGGAGAUGCAGUCGGGUUUGGUGGAGGCCCCUCGUGGCUGGGCUGGGCCUGAGUGGGUCCCGAGUCCUGCUGCAGACCCUGGGCCCGGGCGGGCGGGAGGAGCCCUGCAGCAGGGCUGAUGAUCCAGAGCGUGGGGUCGGGGAGCGCAGUGAGGAGGGGCCUGAGACCAGACGUGGUGGGUGAGGCUGGAAGGCUCACUUCCAAGUUCGGUUGCCGGUCUUUGGUGAGCGAGGGCGCGGGUUGUGCGCACGUGGCCAGUGGUCGGGAGGCUUCCUCCUGAGUCCCAGGCGCCCCCCCCACCCCCCACCCCUGCCAACUGCCCGUGAGACCAGACGCCCUUCCAUUCCCAGAUGAAGGGGUCUGUUGCCCCCCCCGCCGCUGGCACGCUGCCUCCCCUGACCAGGUGCAGCCCCUGUGCUCAGCCUCCCUGUGACCCACAAACCUGAACCUCCCCCAGCUGCGGGCCUGCCCUGCGGGGCUGCGGCACCCACGUGUUCAGGUGCCCUCUGACCACGGCCCUGUGUGGAGAGGCUUCCGGGAGACCCAGGCUGGGCGUAGAGCCUCCAGGCCUCCUCUAGCCAGGCCACAUGAACCUGCCCUCCAGAAAGAUCUGAGAGCUCCCAGGAGGGAGUGGGGGCACCUCGGGCAGGCCCGUGGGAGCACCUCGGGCAGGCCCGUGGGAGCUCGUCUCAGCCCCUGUGCUCGAGAGCAGCAGUGGUGGGGGGUCUGGGCCCGAAGGGGCCGCACUCCUACUGGGGAUCCGAGCCAGCCUCCUGGCCCAGAGGUGAGCCGCACUGUCUCCGCCUCUUUCUCCCCUGACCUGGGCCCAGCUGGGGUUGGAGCUGCAUGGGCCUGGGGCCCCAAGGAGGACCUAGCCCUCUGGAACUGAGAGGCCCAGCCCUCAGCAUCCUCAGGCAGCCACUGAGGGUGUGGAGGGGAGGAUGGGGAGGCUUGCCCCCAUCCCCCUCUCAGCUUCCCUUCCCGACCCUGAUGUGCACUUUAAUUUGACCAUCCCUGAGGACCCUGGGGAGACAGGCGGCUGGCCUGUCCUGGCCGUCAGCAGAAGGGCUCACGUGCUCGCUCUCCCUGUCCCCCCCCACUCCAGAGUGGGAGCGGCGCCCGACCUGAGGCCGGGACACGAAGGGGUGCCCGUGGCCCGUGAUGGCAGCAGCGCCCGCACAGAGAAGGCCUGACCACUGUUCAGGCCAGCACAAUGUCCCGCGACCUCUGUCCCUUAAUCGUGUGUAGCCGCCGUCCAUUUUGUUGUUCCAGGUAGGGAAGGCAGGAGUCAUGUGUGAAACUUCAGUACUUCAAUGUGAAUGGGUCCUGAGCUCCCCCUGAGCCCCAGGCGGGCCAGGCCGAGCGUUUUGCACUAAUGUGUCCCGCGGCGGACGUGGGUCGGGAGCGUUUGCGGACGGGCGUGGCUGAUGAUUGUAUCUGCCGGGCGCUCCCUCCGCGUCCAGAAUGUUUCGUGGGGCGGGCGGCGGCGGGCCUGGACUCGGAGGGGCCGACCAGAGUGCCUUAGCAUCUUCUGAUCAUUUUUCCCAAGGAAAACCAGUUAAAACCGGACCCUCCCCCUCCUCUGUUUACAAGACGACUAAUGCCUGUCCUGUGAGCGUGAUCCCGACUCACCCAGACCCUGUAGAGCGAGAGACAAAGCCACUCAGUAUUUAUGACGCGUCUGCACCUGACCCCUAGCUUGACUAUUAGCAAUACACAUACACUACGUAGACUAACACAGAGCUGAGUUAGACCCGCGCCUUUCUGAGGAGGAGAGAAGGGACUGGACCCCGUCGGGGUGGACGUGGCGGGCGGCCGGCCAGGCCCCCCCUCGCCCACCCUCCCUGGCGGACAGGCUGUGACGCAGGAGGCAGUGGGAUGAAGUACAAAAGGUCCAGAAGCGGGGAUGGGGAGAUGGGACGGGAUACCGUGAGCUGGCGGGGCCGUCCAGCGGCGCGCCUCGGUGCUUGAAUUCUGUCUUGUGUUCUGUGCCGUGUCUGCUGUCACCCAGAGUUCUCUGUGGUCGCUUGACUUUGCGUUGGAUUCACGCGUCUUGCCUUGCCCCCGACUGUGGCCGUGGCUGUGGGUGCAUGGCCGCGGGGAGAGACGGUCUUGGGAGCCCCCGGCUGCGGUCUGGUCUGUGGCGUCUGGUUCUGGGGCGGUUGUGUUUGGAGCUGGGAGGGGGGCAGGGGGUGAGGGCUGGAGGAGGAUGGGGACUCUGGGGUGCCCAGCCCUGACUUCCCCUUGAAGGGUGGAAGGUUCUAGUACCAGCCCUGUGCCACCCCCGGCCACUUACUGCUUAGCUCCCCCUCUUGAGUUAUUUUUAUGGAAGUAUCUUGAUGCCAGUGGAAGGCCGAUGGCCCAUUAACCACCUGAAAACUGUGAGAAAACCUCUGUUUGCCUUUGCCAGCAGUAAAUCCUACACACAGAGCUGGGAGUCUGGAGCUGCUGUUUCAGAAUGUUGCUGGUGCGUAAGUUUGUCCUUCUGUCAGCCAGGCCGCUCCGAGCGCGUCACCCGCCGCCUGCCGGAGAGCGUUAGGGCUUUGGUACAAGACGUUUCUAACGCGCCAAAAGGUUUUGGGUUUUGUUUGUUUGUUUGUUUUGUUUCUUUGGAAAAAAAAAACAUGCAAAGGAAAAUUACGCAGAAUCUAAAGCAUUCGGAUUGGACAACCUGCUUGAAUUCCAAUCAACUCCUUCGUUGUUAGCGUUUUGCACAUGAUUGUAAUUUUUAUGUCAAAAGAAGCCAAAACUUGCAAUACUAUUUUUAGCAGACAAAAAAAAAGAACUAAGUAUAAAAUGUAUAAAUAUUUUUGACUUGAACAUUGGAUGGCACUGGGUGCAAACAGACCGUUCAUCCUCCGGACGGAGCGUUUGGGGAAAAAGAGCCUUUUUACAAAGACACGGUUCCUGUCCAGUCUGGGAGGGGUUAAGUCCUGCUGUAACUCACGACUGUUAAACAAUAAAUAAAUGAAAUCACUGUUCCUUGUGCCGUGGAGCAGGUUUGUUUUCCUAGAACCACCCCCACCCCCGUCCGCGGCCCCCCCCAGCGAGCAAGCUCGUCCCCCCCCUUCCCGCAGGUGUGUCCUCCCUCCUGCCGGCCUCUGGGCCCUGCCCCUCAGCAGAGUCACCGCUGUCGCCUUUGCUGCCGUACUAGUCACAGCCUGCGGAGACGUCCACCGGCCAGGAAACCCCGGGCUUGCGCGGCGAGUGGAGCCCGAGCAGGACGUGGAAGUCCUUGCAAACAGAAGGAUGUGAUCGUUACUUGUAAAGCGCUUUGUAAAAUUCACAUUUACAGAAUAAUAAAGUCAGUUCAAACCCAA